AUGAAACGUGAUUUUAACUGUUACCAUGUUCACUCUGGAUUUUCACCUUUAAAGCCAGCUGGAACAGACACAAGAUCAGAAGAAUCCUGUGUUCCUAAUUAUGAUGAUGAGUUUUGCAAAGACUGUGCUAAAGAGCAUCAGAGGCGAUUGCAUAAUAACCUGCAUCACGGAAGCCCCAAGAAUGUCAGCAUCAAAACUGAAGGAAAACCUGUACAUAACAAAGAAAACCAACAAGUAUGGAGGCGUGUUGGGAGUGCCAAUGAAAUGGACAAUCAAAAUGAAGACAGUGGAUAUUCAUCUAUGCUGGGCAAUCAACAUGAAUUGACUCAACAUGAUGAUACUUUGCCAUUGGCGGGAAACCUCAUUGUUACACCAAAUCAUAAUCUCAGUCAGAAAAAGCAUUUGCUUCCAGUUCUCCAUUUUGAGAAACUUGUUUGUUCCACAUUGAAAAAAACUAGUAAAAGAAAUCCAAAGUCAUGGGCUGCUUUGUUAGACAAGAUGGUUUCCAGGGGAAGUAUAGGAUUUACAAAUCUAAUUGGCAGAAAAAUGGGAAUUGAUAGAUUGGAUAUUCUUGGGGAACUGUUCCACAAAGAAUACAGACAUCUGUUAACAAACAUCUUAAGACACCUCAGUGAUAUGGACUUGAUAAAUGUGGCCAAAGUGAGUACAACCUGGAAGAAAAUUCUACAGGAUGACAAGUGGGCUUUCCAGAUAUACAGCAAAGCACUAAAAUACCUUUCUAAUUCAAACUCCUGCAAACAAGCUGAUACAAGAGGAUAUGUUCUUCACCGAGAAGCAUUAACUCUUGUUCAGAAAGUAGGAACCAUACAAAACAGCUCAUCUAAAAAAGUAUCUAGAACCAAGGUGAUCGACCAGAGCACUCAUAAUAUUUCUUCUUACAGUCGACACACACAAUUUUCUGAGGUUGCCAAGACACUGAAAAAUACGGAAAGCCUCAAAGUCUGCCAUCGCUGUGGUUCCCCCUCAAAAUAUGAUUCUCAUCUACACAGGGCAAUUUGCAUACGUGAAAGCUGUGGCUUUGACUUUUGCACAAAGUGCUUAUGCACUUACCACAGUGCCAAGGACUGCGCAACUGGAAAGCCUUUGAAAUCAAGCUCCAGACUAGGACCUCUUCCUGGUACCAAAAAAAGCAAACAGAAUUUACAGAGAUUAUAAAUUGUUUAGGAUAAACUAGUGUAACUUAACACUUGAUUUGAAGGCCCAGAAGAAGAGUCACUGUGAAAGUACUGGUUUUUUAUAGCAAAAGUUUUAAAAAAUAUCUUGGAGUUUUUUUCAGUAGUUAUAGUUUUUAAAAGGUUUAAUGUUUUUAAUGAACUAAAUGUCCUAUCUACCUCCUUUAAAAAAGAUUUUCUGUAGAACUUUAAAGUAUUCAUAUGUGUACAGGGGCGGGGAAGGUUAGGCUUGCUUGGUUAUUAUGGCAAGUAAGCUGGUCAGUAAAAUUUUAUGGUACAUGUAGGAAAUGAAGGCAGAGUAAACUAUUUUAAGGAAUGAGCUUUGUUUUAAUUAUGUACUCUGACUUCAUGCCUUCUGGGAGGAAAUGCUUUUAAGUGGAAUUAGAUCGCAUAUCCACUAUUGGUUUCCAAUGUAUUUUUCAUGCACUCGGGUAUAUAAACCUAUACCGCUGGUAUUUGCAGCCUAAAAUAUUUAAUUGACCAAUCCUGAUGACUAGUUUCUCCUCUACAUUUCUCCAAAUCCUGUUUGGAACUUUAUGUAUAUACUUGUAAAUACUUAAAUAUUUGUCUUGUCCUUUUUUCCUGAAAAAUAAAUUUGACUUUAUAAAUGCA